AUGGUUUUAGGAACAAUAGUAUCAAGUUUUGAUCUUCAAAUAUUAGUUGCUUGCUACUUGACUAGCACAUCAUCGAUCAAUGUUCCUCCCUGUACAGAUCAAGUCGAUUUACAAGUUAUGAACAUUGCCACGAAUAUUCUGCGGUACGCCACACCAUCAGGUUACAAUUUUGAUGAAGUUGAACCCCAAGUUGUCACAGCAAGGAAUCCUCACACAUGGAGAGCUACAUUUACUCGGAAUGACAAUGUCUAUGAAGUCGGAUGUGCUUUUUUAACCUCUGUUAAAAAAUAUUUUAAAAGAUCCUGCCUACAAGGAAGUGAAAUAAGAGUGUACAUUGUUAUUGUUCCAACGUUCUGCGACGAAGAAACCGUAGUUCUAGAUGGAACCAUGGAAUUUAAAAACAUUAAUUCCAUAGGUCUAUCGGAAGACGACAAACCAAUCAAAAAAUUAGGCGAUCUACCGAUAAAUGAGCCGCAACCAAUCAAAAAGGCAAAAAUUGUCAAAACACUGUACCGGGAAAGCGUAAUGAUCGAGUUAGAAGAGUCUAAGGUUUUCCUGCCUACAAGGGUAACAACGAGUUUUACGAAGAGUGCCUUAAAAGAGCUUCAAACAGGCGCCUACAAAGUGGUGUUUAAGGGAACGAAAGACAUCGGAAAAGAGCAUCCUCUAAGCAAAUUUGAAAUUUUGAAGAGUUAAUAGAGAG